CACAGAGACGCACCUCACCCCGGACUCCUUUCGCCAGAUCCUUGGUCGAGGGAGAGAUUUGAGGGGCAGGAGACGCCGGCGAGGCUACACUUCCGAUGAGGGGCAGAAGUCAGCGACGUAGCAGGCGUGAUGCAAGCCGCACCUUCGAUGAGCUAGACCUCGGCUGCGCGUCCGCCUCGGCCGCGCACAAGGGGGUGCCGUCGAGGAUGGGGUGCAGCGGAGGAAGCGAAGGCGUUACGGCAGCCGGCCGCCGUCACGACCAUCGAGGGAGAGAAGAGGGCAGAGGUCGUGGGUGGCUGGGGCGCGGGCUACGGGGUGGGUGAGUCGAGGAGAAGAGACACGAGCGAGUCGUUCCGCGUGGUCCCAAGUUCAGCAUAAACAAGGAAUAUGCCGUUCCCUGGAACCGGUGGGUUCCGAUUCCUUCCGCAAUCUAAACACCAGAACUGGCCCUUGGGACGGAACCGAUCCGUACUGUUCCAUUUCAUGACAGAAAUCAAACACACCCUUAGUCUGCAGUUCGGUGAUGAUCCAGGGAAUCUGUACGUCGGAAGGUGGUUCGGCUGCAACUGCGGCUGCCUCCACUUCUUGGACGGCGUGGGUAGGUGGAGGCCACAGCUGUGCGACUAGAAGAUCCAACCGUUGGUUUCAGAUGGACGACGCGGAUUGGACCUGACAGCAGGAUCUGCCAGACAGAAACCGUUACCUAUGCAACGAGGAUCCGGAUCCGGCGAGGACGAAGUACCCAGUUCUUCCAGAACUCUCCAUCCGAUGGAGUAGGCAUGUGCUGCGUCUACUCCCCCGCCACCGUCUCCACGACCUCGUCGCAGCGAGGUCAGAUCGUGUCGUCGGAUCGCUCGCCCUCCUACGCCGCCGACGCCCCGCUGCGCUCCGAUGAGGGAUUCGACGGCAGCGCGGCCAAUCCCUCCCGCGCGAGGCGCGGGCGCGGCGGCGGAGAUGGCGAGCCCCCGCCGCUUUCCCCGGCCCCGAGCGUGAACGCUGACGGGAAAUUCGACGGCAGGGCGGCCAAACGCCGUCGCGCGGAGUCCGGCGGCGGUGUCGGCGUUGACGACGCGGCGGCUCAGGACCACGGGGACCGCAUCGGCGAACUCCCGGACGCGAUCCUGCUGUGCAUCCUCUCCUACCUCCCGCUCCGCGACGCCGCCCGUUCGACGGCGCUCUCUUCGCGGUGGCGGCGCCUGUUUGAUCAGUACCUCCUGGACUUCAACGCGUGCCAGCCGUUCCCGCCGGAGGCGGGCCGCGGCUGCGACUGGUUCAUCCGCGCCGUCGACUCCAUCCUCGCCUCGCGCCGCCACAUCCCCAUCCGCAGCUUCCGCUUCGUGAUGUACGGGCAGGGAUUCGUCAAUCGCAUGGGCGUCGUCAGCGGCUGGUUCCCCGUCCUCGCGACCUGCGGUGUCCGAGAAGUCGACGUCGACAUGUUGUACACAGUCUAUAGGCCGACCCUCCCCGCGUCGCUCCUCCAGCUCGCCUCCCUCGAAACCCUAAGAGUGUGCUUCUGCGAUCUUCCGAAGGAAGCGGAGGUGGACGCGCUGCGGCUCCCCGCCCUCAAGACGCUCCGCCUGUCCAAUGUCCGAACCUCCCAGGACGCCCUGCAGGCGAUGCUUGCUCAUUGCCCGUCCCUGGAGUGCGCAAAGCUCAAGAACAUCACCGGGGUCAAGCAAAUCCGCCUCCGGUCCAAGAGCCUGGUGCGGCUGUACGGCGACUUGGGCGACUUGAGUGAGCUCGUUGUCGAGGACGCCCCGAGCCUUGAAGAACUGGUGGGCAUCCAUUUGCCGAGCGGCAGAGCAACGGUGAAAAUUGUUUCCGCCCCCAAGCUGCAGGUGCUGGGAUACUUGGGGAAGAACGUCGGGCCUCUCGUGCUGCGUGAUACCGUUUUCGAUGGAGGCAUCUUGCAGUCCACUACCCUGAUGUGCAGCGUGAAGACCUUGGCCAUCCAAGUGCCCUUCUCAGAGAAGGGACGUACCACCUUCGUUGCUCAGUUGCUCAAAUGCUUCCCAUGCCUUGAGGAGCUCCAUGUCGAGGCAGACAGUCGAUCAAUUUCACAGCGGGUUACUCCUGAAUCAUGGGACACGACAACUUCUAUCCCGUGCAUCGAGCAUUCGCUCAACAAAUUGGUGUUCGAGGAUUUUGGAGGAGAAAUGUGCCAGUGGGGCUUUCUGACUUUUAUGCUUGAGAUGGCUAAAACUCUUGAGGUCGUCGAGCUCUACUGUUUGAAAGGCGAAGACUGUGCCAGUAGACUAAUAAACAUUCUAAGCAGCAUAAAUAGAGUCUGCCAGGACAUGGAGUUCCUCUUCUUCACAAGUUGUGAGCCAGUCAAUGGUCUCUACUUGUGCCAUUGCUGUCCACGGCGGUGCCAGAAUGAAAACAGAGUUUCGCUGAUGGAUACUCUGAAGCACCAGAAAAAAUAGAAGGUGAUUGCAAUCUGAAAAUCCAUGUUGUCGUCGGAUGCGCGUAAGUUGUGAUCUUGUGUCAGAAUCCGAGAACUGUUCAUUUAGUUUACUGGAAUAGAAAAAGAAUCUGCAGGCUGGAUUGGCUGUACCGUAGCAGGCUGGUUGGCUGGAACUAUUUUUGUUAGAACACAAUUAGCUGGACUUCUUGUUGGAUGUGUAUCGCUGGUACUGUUUAUAAUAUAAUCAUAGCAUAAUGGUUUAGCAUUUUGGUA